AUGGGUAAUUUUCUAAAUUAGUUGAAAUAUACUCCAUAGGCUAACCCACUGUUAAAAAGCUCUUUAUCAAAAUUAAGAGAAUAUCAUGGUUCGUUUAAAUCAGUUUGUGAUACAUUCUCUAUAGAUUUAACAGAAUAUGAAUAAAUUUUUGGAUCAAAUGAAUAGAUAUUUAAGAUUUGGGAUACUGAUAACAAUGGUUUAAUAGAUGCGUUGGAGCUGUUUUCUGGACUUAUAUUAUUUUCUGACGCUUCUUUUGAUGAGAAAGUUAGAUUCUUGUUUGAUAUUUUUGAUUUUAAUGAAUUAAAUGUACUUACAAUUAUUGACCUAGAGUUUAUGCUCAUAUCUUGUGCAAACGCAACACUUAAAAUAGUUAAAUAGAACUUAGAAAUCAAAGAGGAUGAAAUAAAUGAAUUUUUAAAUAAUUACUUUAGCGAUGAUUCUAAAAUAGAUACUAAUUAGCUAAUAAAAUGGUGUAGUAAAGUUCCAGAAAUCAUCAAGUUCUUAACAAUUAUAGAAUAGAAAUCACCUGAAACUAAAAAACCCUAUGAAAAUUUGAUAAAAACUAUAAGUGUUGAGCACGAGCCUAAUUACAUAAAAAGACAGACUUAUUUUUUUAACAAGAGUUUAGGUGAUAUAAUAAAUAAUUCUUCUUAUUAAAAGAAAAUUGAAUGGAUAGCUGAAAAAUCAAAAAAAAUAUUUAAUAUGAAUCCAUCAGAUCAAAAUUAUAACACUAAAGAUGUAAGCACUAAAAUAAAUUGGGUUUAUGGCUUUUGUAGUGAAGGUGUUAAGAAGCCUUUAGAAUAUAUAAAAACUCCAGGAGAAAAGGCUGCUAGUGAAAAAAUUUUAUAUUUUACAGCCUGUAUAGUUGUUAUUUAUUUUCCUAAACUAUAUGAGUAAAAGCAUUACUUAGAGCAUGAUGCAGAAAUUUUAUCUUUAACUGUUGCCAAAAAUGCUUCUCUUGUUGCAACUGGAGAGCUAGCUCCAAAACCUGCAAUUCACAUUUGGGAUUCCAACACACUAUAAAAUUUAGGUGUUAUAAAAGGUAUUCACUAAUAAGGUGUGCAUCUAAUGAAGUUUUUUAAAGACGAUGAAUAUUUAGCAACCUGUGGUAUUAGGGAUAAUUCGCCUAUUUUAAUAUAUAAUGUAAAAGAUUCUACACUUGUAUUAUCUACCUUUAUGACAGAACUAGCUGUCGAAUUGAUUUCGAUUGAUAACCACUCAGAUGAGCUUAUUAAGAAAACAGAUUAAAAUAGUCAAUUAGAUAUGGAUUAUUUUAAUUACGAUAACACUUUUAUUGUUUGCUCUGCAAAACAAUUAAUAUUAUUUCACUACUUUGAUGGCCACUUUAUAACUUAUGAUAUAAAUUUUGGCUACUUUGAUAUUGAAGAAGAUUUGACUUGCGCUACAAGUGUCCGUAUACCCUAUUCAAAAUAUAGUAAAGUUGAAGAUAAAAAAUAAGAAAAUCUUAUUCUUAUCAUUACUGGUCAUUAAAAUGGAAGAAUCAAUAUUUGGAAAAACUUUGAGAAUUAAAAUUAAUUUAUUAAAAAAUACGAAGAUGACAUAAUAAGCAUGGUAAAUUUUGUUUUUGGUAUAUUAGUAGCUACGUACAACAAAGUGUACUUGUGGGAUAUUGGUAUGUAAAACUAAUUAAAAGAAAUCAGCUUUGCCUAAAAUGAAAUUCACUUCAACUUAAUAAGCUAUGACAUUGUUUAGAUAAAAUCAUUCAAUACUAAGGUCUUAGCUGCUACUAAGGAAGGAGAUGUUAUUUAGUUUGAAUUCGUUACCUAAAAACAACUUUAGCAAUUAGAAAAGCUAGCUGAAGAAAAUUUUUUCCCUGAAAAAAAGAAGAAAAAGAAAAAUACUUCUUCAAGUGAUGAAGAGGCAGAUGAGCAAGGAGAAGAUGGAGAAGAUGAUGAGGAAAAUUCAGAAGAGGAAGAAUUAAAACACAUCGAAGUUUACAAGAAGACCUUUUAGAGAAAUAAUUACAUUUCUAAGCUAAAAGGAAAUUUAAAUGCACUAGCUCUUCUUUAAAAGGCUGACAACGAUGAAAAAAUUUUGUAUGCUGGAGGCGAUGCAGGUAUAGUUUAUGCCUUUUCGUUAGAAUCUCAUGAAAUAAUAGACAUGUGGUAAUACGAUGGAGAAAUAUCUUCCCUUGACUAUCUAUACUCUGAAAAGCAUGGAAACAUAUUUGCAAUAGGUUUUCGAGAUGGUAGAAUAAACAUUAAAUACUAGAAUAAAAUGAAAUAAGAAUUAUACACACCUGAAAAAUAUUAAAGUUUUGAUUAUAGAAAUUAAAUUAAUGAUAUAAGAUUUUCUGGAGAUGGUAACACUCUGAUAGCUGCUUGCAAAAAUAACUCAUUGUCUAUUUUUUCAUUUAGUGUUACAACAUAAAAUUUUUAAGAAAAAAAAGAAAUUAUAACGUCUUUCUUUGCAUAAGAUAAAAAAGAUAUAUUUUUAGCAAAUGAGGAGCCUAUUUCUAUCGAGUUUUCUGAUGAUAAUAAAAGCUUUUUAGUGAGCACAGCAUAAAACUUAUACAAAUUUGAGCUGCCUGAUUUAAAAAAGAAAAAUUUAAUCUCAGAAUCUGAUGAAUAAAUAAAUUGUACUAUUUGGAACACAAGGUAUUGGUAAGAAAGAGAGGAAAAUUAAAUCGAAGACUAUUAUUUACCCGUAAUUAUUGGUGGUGACAUUAAAAUAUUUUUAGCAGCUGGUGUUAAUGGAUAUAUUCAUUUUUGGAAAGAUAAAUACUAGCUAGAAUAAAACUGUGGUGGAUUUUUAAGAGGUCAUUCUUCAAGAGUAUCUCGUUUAUGCAUGGCAAAAACACAAGAUUUUUUCUUCUCAUUAGGUUCAACUGAUAACACACUUAUAGAGUGGAAAAUAGACUUUAGCUAGGAGUUUGAAUAAAAGAAUGUGUUCGGUAAUAUGGAUAAUAUGAAAGUAUAGCUAUUUGAUACUAAUAUUUAACAGCUCAAUGGUUUAUUAGACGAGAAUUUAGUUAGAGAAAUAGUUUAUAGUUAUACAGCUGAUUCUAAAUAUCUAGAAUAAGAUAAAGAUUCUUUCAUACUAGUUAAGGGAAUUAAUAAUAAAACAAUCUCUUAAAUUUACUAAGAAUAUAUCCCAAAGUUUGAAGCCUCUUCAUAUUUGAUGAAGAGACCUCCUUCUAUAAGCAUUAGUUUGGAAUAUUUAUUUGGAUUUUAAGCUUAUGACAAAAGAAGAACUCUUUGCUAUGUUCAUAUAUAUUAUAUGGGUCUCCCUUAAAAUAAAAAGAAAAAAGAUAAAAUGGGGAAAAAGAAUAAAAAUGAUUAAGCUAAUUAGAAUAAGAGUAUUCUCAUUCCAGUUUAGUAUUAAAAAGAAAUGUUAUUUUCCAAAAGAUAAUUACUACCUUACGAUGAGGUUCAUGAAAACUGUUAGAGACAUUUUGUAUACUUCUGUGGAAGAAUUGGAGUUGUUUUUAAUCCAUUAACUAAUCAAUAAAAAUUCUAUGAAGGCCACUAAAAUAAAAUAUCUUGUAUUGCAAUACAUCCACUGAAGUUUUUUGUUGCAACUGGCGAGAGUGCUUAAAACCCUAAAAUUCAUAUUUGGAACGUUUUUAAUCCUGAACCAUUUAAAAUUCUUAAAACAUAUCAUAAAAAUGGUAUUAUACAUAUGACUUUUUCAAGAGAUCGUGAUUCUAGCUUGCUUAUAUCAGUUGGUGUGGAUGUUUAAUUUUCAAUUUAGGUAAUGAACUGGAAGACAGAAGAAAUUGUUGGAAUAAGAAACACAGGAUCUUAAUAGAUUUUCGAUAUUAUAUUUAAUCCUUACAACAAAUAUGAGUUUGCCUCUUGUGGAUAUAAAAAUAUUACCUUAUGGGAAAUGAGUGGAAGAAAUCUAUUAAGAAAGAAGGUUGUGAAUGUUCAAGAAGAGACAACUUCUACUUCCAUUUGCAUUACAUGUCUUUCUUAUAUAAGCUACAGUUUGGGUGAUUAAAUAGAAUCUGAUAUUAUUGCAGGCAAUAACGUUGGAGACUUAAUAUUAGUUGCAUGCGGAAAGUAUAUUGUGGCAAAGGAAAGAGCUCAUUCGAAAAUGAUAAACUGCUUAAAAAUUACAGAAUUAUUUUAAGACAAAGUCUUGAUUAUUACAUGUGGUGAAGAUGAAAUUGUAAAAAUUUGGGAUACUAAAUUUAAUUUAAUUAAGGAUAUACCAAUCAGACACACGGGUCAUUUCAACGAUAUCCCUUAAACAAGAAACCUUUCAGCUUAAAGUUUGGACAUCUUUUGUUGUAAAUAUCCGAAGAAGGCUGAUAACGAAAGUGCUCUAGGAGAUAGAGAUAGUGAUGUUGUAUAUCCUAUUAUUCUAAUAGGCACAAGAAAUGGAGAUAUUCUUGAAGCUUCAUUCACAUUAGAAUAUCAAGGAACUAAGAAGUAAGUAAAUGUUUAGAAUAAGAUGAGUUAUGGAGAGUAAAGUGCCAGUAGUAGUGAGUCUAGUAGUGCAUCAAGUGAUGAAGACGAAGAUAUUAAAAACAGUAACUCUAGGAAAGGUGAUCAUUAUGGUUAAACAGAAAGUUUUAAAUUUAGUUAUGAAAUCUGCAUGAGAAAUAGCUCAUCAUAAAGAUUUACUAGUAAGUAGAAUACUAAAAAAUUAUUCUUCUCCCUCCAUCCAUUUGAAAAUUUGAUGGCAACUGUUGGUGAAGAUUAAUAGAUGACUAUUAUAGAUUUUGAAUAAAAUAAACUAAUGAUAUCUAAAAAUUUAGAAGAAGGAAUUCCUACAGCAGUUAGGUUCUCACCAAAUGGCAAUCUUUUUGUUAUUGGGUUUAAUAAUGGUAUGUUAAAGCUUUAUUUCAUAGAGACAGGAUCAAGCAAAUCUUCAAAAGAGCAUAGACCUAUACCUACUAUAACUGAAUUUUAAGAAAUCCGUGAUCAAAAAACUGCUGUGUUAAACAUAAAGUUCUCAAUUAAAGAAUACCUAGAAGCUAAAGAAGAUAAAGAAUUGCUUAAUGAUAGAGAUGAUAUUUUUGCAGUCUCUUAUGAAUCAUAAUCAUAAUCUGGAGACAGUCAAUCGGUUGAUAAAGAGUAAUCGUAUAUAGGAAUCUAUAGACCAUAGCUAAAUCAGCAAAAUCAGUUAAAUUAUAAGCUGAAAGAAAUUCUUAGAAAUGAUUAAAUAAUAAGAAACGAAAAUAGUAUUAAUCUAGGUGCCUACUUUAUGAGUUUUUCUGAAGAUGCUAAAUACUUAGUAGUUUAUUAUUAGGAAAUAGAGAAUUAGUCAAUUAGGAUAACAAAUUCAAAUCAAGGCUUAUUCUGUUUAUGGGAUGUAGCUUCUCAAAAAAUACUUUAAUAGUAUGACCCAACCAGAAAUUGGGUUGACCUUAUUUUCCCUUGUGCAUUGAAUUGCUAAGAUAUUCCAUACUUUUAAUCAUUAGUAGAUUAAGAUUAAAAGAGGGAAGUUAUUGCCCCAGCAAAUAGCGAUCCUCAACCAAUUAUUAUGACUUUCAUGAACCAAAUUAAAAAUAUAAUUAUGCUAGGUUCUUCAAAGGGAAAUAUACACUUUGUGAAACAUUUUUCAUUAUCAUCUGAUUAAGAGCAUAAUGACUACAAACUUAAGGAAAAAGAUAUGUGUUAUGCAAAGAGUUAUUCAGCCCAUAUUUCUUAUAUAAGCUAGCUUGAAUUUGAUAGUUAAUAUAGGUAUUUGUUUUCUUCUAGCAUAAACGAUGAGUGUAUAUUAAAAUGGAAGCUUCAUAUAGAAAGACCAUUGUCAGACUAUGAUAAUUUAGAUUAUCAAUUUAUUGAUGAAAAUCAAAUCAGCUUAAAAAACUAAGAAGUAUUAGCUGAAAUCUUACCUAAGGAUUAAUUUGAACAGUUUAUCAAGGAUGUUCUUCCUUUAAGAGAUUAAGUUGCAGAUGCAAUUUAACAUGUUGAUGAAGAUAAAGAUAGAGAAAGUGAACUCAAAUUAAUAAAUAUAAUCGGACGUAAAGCUCACAAUAGACACCAAAACUUAUUCUAUGACUUCGAUGAAAGAUUUAUUUAUAUUGCUGGAAACAAUUUAGUAAUACACACUAUACAAGAUUCAAUCGAAGAUAAAGAAGAAGAAGAUUAAUAAUAACAACAACAUGAUUAACAAGCAGAGGAAUUAGAUGAUGACGAUGAGCCUUUUGUUAAAUAAGAGUUUAUUAAAUUAGAUUAAUCUCCUACAACGAUAAAUCCAGAAAUAUCCUGCUUUGUAUUGAGCAAAGACAAAAAAUUGCUAUGUGCAGGAACUUGUUAAAUAUAAGCUAAGAUCAUUAUAUGGGAUAUAUGCAGUUAGACUUGUUUAAAGUAAAUGAUUUUAACUAAUUCAAAUUACAUUCUGCAUAUAAAAAUGGCAUAUGAUAACCGCCAUGUGGUAUGCGUUGCUCUUUCUAACGAUUACACUGCUAUCAUAUAUUUAAUUGAUAGUCAAGAAUCAAAGGUCUUGGGUCAAACUAAGCUUACUAAUAGUGUACCCUACAAAAUUAAAGAUAUCGAAUUUUUCCCUAAUUCAAUUUACAAAUUUAUUACCUGCGGAAUAUAGCACAUCUCUGUUUGGAAUUUGAAAGGCAAUAUUCUAAGCUACUAAAAUCUUGAAAUAUAAAUACCCUAGGAUCUUGCUGAUAAUGAAAAAAGUAAAGGCACUUAAUCAUCUUCAAUUAAGCAAAAGAAAUAAUCUCAAAGGAAUUUAAGCUCUCCUUUUAGGCAAAAAAAAAAAGGUGAUGAUGCAAAUUUCGAAGAGGCAGAUUAUGAUGAAGCUAAGGAGUAAAUUAAAGUCACAUUCGUAUCUUUGAUUUUUGUGAACGAAACAAUAAUAACAGCUGGAAGCGAUGGAUUUUUAUAUGUUUGGCACGACCUAAAGAUAGUAAAAACUUAAAAUGCUCAUCCAAUCCUGUGUCUUAAUACAACGAAAGACAGUAAUAUGUUUGCUUCAGGUGGUAUGGAUGGAAAGGUAAUUAUUUGGGAAUUAGGAAGUAGUGAGUAUUCGUUCAUGCUUGAAAAAGUUUAUGAAUAUCACAUCAAUCCAGAAGGUGCAAAAGAGCAUUACCCAGAAAGCUGUUAUAUUUAAUCAGUCUGCAUAGGAUCUAAGUAUAUAUUGGCAGGAACAAAGAGUGGAGAUAUUUAUGAAUUAAUUAGACCUAAUGAAAAUGAAAUUAAAAAUCCAACAAGCAGCAACAAUAAGCAAAAGCUUAGAUAUAGUUGCCAUGAUUAAGAAAUAGUAAAAUCAAUUUAAUUCAAUGGUAACAGCGACAAAUUAUAUACAAUAACUGAAAAUGGUCUUUUCUGUGUAUGGGAUGUAAGAAAAAUUAAGAGAAUUAAAAUGAUACACUUCCAUUUGAAAAUACAUUCUAUUAUUGUACUGAAGAGAUACCAAGUGAUUGUUGUUGCAUCAGAAAAAAAGAUUUAAUUCUUUAACUAAACUGAUUACACUGAAAGAAAUAAAGCUAUCAUUUUUGAUAAUAAAAUAGCUGAUGUAAAACUAUCUUUUAAUGAAGAGAUGCUUGCUGUAGCUUUAGAUCCUAAUUAAAAAACAAAUGCAAAAAUCAUUAUUUAUAAGUAUGUGGGAACUGACUAAGAUGUUUUUAUUCAUUAUAUUCCUGUUCCAAUCUAAUCAACAUCCCUAGAAUUUGUUGAUUUUUCAACUGAUAACUUCUUCCUUCUCUACAAAGAUAAUGUAGAUGAUGUUGAAAUAAUAGAUUUUAGAAAUAGAGAAUUCAAAAAAGUCAUCAAAGGAGAGGUUGAAUUUAACAUGGAAUGGUGCACAGAUGGUAUUAAAGUAUCUCCUAAUAUGAAAGGUGUGUUGCACACUUAUUAUUCAGAUGAAAAUAAUAUAUUAAAAGUGCAGAAAAUAGGUGAUAGGUAAAUUGCUGUCACAGAUGAAAUGGGGUCAAUUAGAUUAUUCAGCUACCCUUGCACUAGCUAAUCAAAAGGCUAUUUCAAAUGUUACACUGACCAUCUUAAUUUCAUUAAUUAAUGUAUACUAAGUCCUGAUAAAAAGUAUCUUGUGACGAGCUCUUAGAGAGAUAGGUGUAUUUUGAUAUGGAGAGUUACAUAUGAAGAUAUCUAUGAAGGGGAAGAGGAUGAAGAAUAAAGUGAAGAACAUUAAGAUUGA